CGCCCUUUCAGGAUGAGGAGAAACAAAAACAGAAAGCAAAGAUGAUGCUUUGCUGGACAAAGCCGGAAGCCGAAUCCACAACUGGUGACACUGACGCAAUAGUGAUAGACUUGAGAGGAAGAUUUUCAGGGGGCAGAAUGGACACAUUCAGGCAAAGAAAGUGAAAUUGUCCAGACUUCUGACAGACCACAUCGCGCUGAAAUCAGCCACGCUUUGUCAAACUGAGAGAGGCACAAGCAUUCAGAACCUUCACUGGCUCCGGUUUCCAGCCUCCGAGGGCUCCAUGCCAGACAGACUGAGCAUGCGGGCCACACUUGCCAUGACAGCCUGGAUGGUUUCCUUAGUUUCCAGCUAUGAAAACACAGCAAUUAGUUUGCCAGGUAUCGAAAAUGAAGAUUUCAUCAAAGACUGUGUUCGAUUUCAUAACAAGUUCCGAUCAGAAGUGAAUCCAACAGCCAGUGAUAUGCUAUACAUGACUUGGGACCCAGCACUAGCACGAGUUGCACAAACAUGGGCAAGAAACUGUCAGUUUGUACACAACGUUCAGCUGCAUUCAAGCUACAAGCUGCAUCCAAAUUUCUCCUCUCUGGGAGAAAACAUCUGGGCUGGGUCUCUAUCCCUGUUUUCUGCAUCUUCAGCCAUCACAAACUGGUACGAUGAAGUUCAAUACUACGACUUCAGGACUCAGAAAUGCACCAAAGUCUGUGGCCAUUACACUCAGGUUGUUUGGGCGGCUAGUUACAAAGUGGGCUGUGCAGUACAGUAUUGUCCCAGCGUUCAUGGCACUGGUAUUUCCCACGGAGCGCUUUUCAUAUGCAACUACGGACCAGGACAAUACAGAAGUUGGCCAUACAGAGAAGGGUCCACCUGCAGUGCCUGCCCCAAUGAUGACAAGUGUUUGGAUAAUCUCUGCAUUAACCCACAACGAGACAAAGUCACACGUUACUACUCUAUUGUGUAUCCUGACUGGCCAGUAUCUGUGCGCAACAGGAACUUAUCUCUCUUUCUCAUUGUUAGUCCACCAAUCCUAAUAUUGGGUGUCAUAAUGACCAUUUGGGUCAAGCACAGAUACCCUCAGUUCUUUUGAACUAAAUCCAGAAAAAAACCGCAACUCAUUCAUGUAUGGCUUUAAAAAAAUAACAGUUGGUUGUAUUUAUUUCUUUUAAAAUAUUUCAGAAAAAAAUGUUGCAAUAAACCCUUCAUCAAAAGAAAAAGUCUCAACUUCCUAACUCUAGAAUAAACUCAUUUUUACUUCCCACUUUUCUGUGAAUAAGUAUUGUUUUCAGGCUGCCACAGCUGUGACUUUCAGUAAGUAACUCAGCCCGUGUGUGUGUCUCAGCUUCUAAAACUACAAAAUGAAUGUGCUAGAUUUAGGUGAUUCUAAACGACUCCACUGGCCCUCAUUAGUAAAAACAUUUCUACAUAACUUGCUGCAUGCUGCUUCCAUGCUAAACAUCUGGUUUUCCCCACUCUCUUGCAAUUUGAGGUCUUUGGUUUCCCAUUUUCCCAGACUCAAAAGAGUAAUUAAGGGAUUUAAGAGGCUUUUGCUUUUGCUUUUUGCUUAUGGGUUGUUUAAUCUUAAACAUAAUAUAAAGUAAGAUUAUAAAAAGAAACCUAAUGUUUACUCAUUAUCAUUAGAGACAGCACUGCAAAAUCUGUAUUUAUCUUCCUCAAAACCAAGUUGUGGGACAUGAUUAUAUGUAAAGACUAAACAGUGGCAGCAAAUACUGGAUUUGAUGGAUAAUUACAAUAGCCACAUUCUAAAAAGAUCGUUACAUAAACAACCUAAAAAAUUACACCUAAUAUGCUUAGGCAAACAUGCCAAAACAGAAAAGGUGCAUGGUAUACAAGGACAUACAUACCACUCUGCAGCAUUAAAAUUAAAAACUCACACACAGAGAAUACAAUAAUUUAUAUUUAUAAAGACACAGCUGUUUAUAUAAACACUGAUUUGAAGAAUGACACAAACUAGAAAAAUGUGAUCAGGGUAUUCUUCUCACACAUAAGGCUACGAACAUCCUAGUAUCUCAAAAUCCUUUACAAAAGGAGAUAGCUUAAUGAGUUCUAGUUCAGGGGGUUUAUUUAGUGUUACUUUUUCUUCUUCUUCUUUUUUUCAUCUGUUUCCAUUUUAAGCUUAACUUCUUCAGCUGAAAGAGCUCCCAGUUUCUUAUUCUUU